GUGUUGAGAUGGGUACGCCCAAUAAUGUAACGCCGCGAUUGGUGACGGUGGCAGCGAGCGGACGUUUUCAGCGUCAAAUUACACAUAUUUAGAGGUUGUAACAUUCGAUAUGCACAGAUAUUCAGCUGAAGUGUGUAGAUGUAUAAUGUGCAAACACCAUUUUCCACCUUGAUUUUGUCCUCUGUUGAAUGUAGGUAUGAUAACUAUGUAAGUAUUAACACAGUGACGUUACGGAAACAAACUGUCAGCACUGCCCGGGAACCUGUGAUGACACCUGCCGACGUACAGCGGUAAGGUCGCCAAUCGGAUUGUCGCUGCGAAGAAGAUGCCCCAGCGGUGCACCUUCUACUUCAAGGUGUUGUUCUUCAUGGCCGCUCUGUGCUUCCUUGUAUUGAUACAAGUUGUCAUCGUCAGUGAACAUUAUCCAAGUAUUGAAUCACACAACAAUGUACAUUACACUGCAUCAGAUACACUAUAUACAACUGUAUCAGAGCCGAGUGACAUUGAAGCAGCACUAGAGGCACUUGUGAGGGAGAAACUGGACGAACUGGAAGCACAACGCCCGUCUGACGCUCCCGGAGAACUGGGCAAUGCGGUAACUAUCAACCAUUCAAUGCUCACUGACGGACAGAGGGCGAAGAUGGCGGAAGGAUAUGAGAAGCAUGGUUUUAAUGAAUAUGUCAGCGACAUGAUUUCCCUCCGCCGUCGAACACCGGACUUCCGGCCGAGCAUGUGCCGGGGGACAGUGUACCCAGACGACCUGCCUGCCACCAGCAUCAUCAUCUGCUUCCACAACGAGGCUUGGUCCACUCUCAUCAGGACAGUGUUCAGCGUCCUCGACAAUACACCACAACAUCUUUUACAAGAAGUCAUCCUCGUGGACGAUGCCUCUGACCACCCGUCACUGGGUUCCUCGCUGGAGGAGUACCUUCGCCCGCUGCCCAAGGUGAAGCUAGUGAGGGCCUCCUCUAGAGUGGGCUUGAUAGGGGCCCGACUACUGGGCGUGGCUGCCGCUACUGCCCCCGUCCUCACCUUCCUUGACUCACACGUGGAGUGUAUGAAAGAUUGGCUGCAACCGAUGUUGAGCCGUCUUCGAGUCAGCGACCACCAUGUCACAUACCCAAUUGUCCACAUCAUCAACUACGUGGACUUCAGCAUCGAGGAGGUACAGAUUGGAACAAGAGGUUUGUUUCACUGGAUGGAUCUGAGUUACUUCCCUUACAGAGCUCCUGGUCACGUCCUGAGCAGCAGACUUAGUGCAGCGGAUCCUAUCAGAUCCGCCACAAUGCCUGGUGGAAUCUUCUCCAUGAGCAGACGAUACUUCGAUCAGCUAGGAGGCUACGACUCGGGCCUCAAGACCUGGGGCAGCGAAAACACAGAACUUUCGUUUAAGGUGUGGAUGUGUAACGGUUCCAUCGAGGUUUUGCCAUGCUCAGGCAUUGCGCAUGUCUUCAGACACAUCAAUCCAAACCUGGACCACAACUUCUAUGACACCAUCACGAGGAACGCAAUGAGGGUAGCCCACGUUUGGAUGGACCAGUAUAAAUACUUUUUUUUCAACAAUUUCAUCGAAGAUAAUCAAAUGCCACACUUUGGAGAUGUUUCUGACAGAGUAUCGCUACGUGAAAGUUUGAAGUGUCACGACUUUGACUGGUACAUGCACAACGUGGCCACAGAUCUGCAUGCUCCCACUGAUGCUCUCCAUGUGCAGGAGAUACGCCAUAAACGAAAAAGUAAUGUUUGCCUUGCACAUUCCUUUACCAAGCCGGAAAUCCUGGUCGGGGUCUGCGAGGGAUUCAUGAGACACCAGAAAGUAUGGUACAUGGAGGAUGCUGGUCGACUGCUUGGCGAAGUCUUGAACGGCAAUCAGACGUGGUCCUGUCUGACAUUGAAAGACGACAUGGUGACGUCAGAGGCGUGUUUGAAAGGACUGAAGCGACAACAGUGGCAAUACACCCCGGCGAUGACAAUACGCCACGUUGAGGUGGACAAGUGUGUCACCUUGGAGGACAGAGAUACACUCUCCUUGCAUACAUGCACACAAGGAAGUUCUCAAGUCUGGGAAAUGAAGACGUUUGUCCAUCAAGCAUUCGGAAAAUAAUACUGUUUAAUUAUCUCGAAGAACUAUACCGGCAACAAGACACUCACACACAAGUCAAUCAGAUACUGAACAUGGCAAGUGCUGAAGCUGGCCUGUACACAGAAUUGGAUACAUUACUCAAAUCCGAUUCUACCCAUGCAUUAUUGGUGAAUUGUCGAUACAUAUACCUCGCAUAUGCACAGACGAUUGUAUGCAAAUAGUUACACCAUCACCCCGGGAUAGCACAAGGUACUGCAUAAGAAAGUACACUUCCCCAAUCGAAGGGUCCUCUGUGGGAAUUCAUCUGAGCGUGAAAAUCUGCAUAAGACGUCACUAUAUUUUUCUCCAUCUCAUUAGGCAGUCUGACAAAUGGCUUUGACAGUUCACCCCAGUUUUAUGCAAUCGUAGAGCUACUACAUCUUCUUUAACAAAGGUAGCCCUACCAUGGCUCCUGCUACUGAUUGACGAGAUACUGGGCUGAGACUACUGCAAUCAGAAAUGUCACUGAACAACGAGUAAGUCAAUCAUCAACUCCACUUAGUGUAAUAAGUUCAGCCAUACUCAACAUCAAAUGUUACUGUGAUCAUAUCAGUUAACUGAUAACUGUGUAUAUGUUAUAACUAUGAUGAUAUUGACAUUCUGUCUUUACCAAGUGAUCAAUAUUCCAAUUAUGUAACAAUAAACUGUUUAUCAUGACAUUGUAACUUGAGGUAUAAGUUCCCUUUCAAAUUCCAGCAUUCAAACUGCUGUAAUCGCUUAAAAAUUAAAAUUUCAAACAUAUUUUGAAAGCAUAUUGGGUUCAUCUUAAACCCAACUAAACACCACAACAGUUGAAAUCUUCAAAGUAAAGCAGAAUACGUUUGCAUGAUCUGUCUCCAACAGAAUCCCUCAAUGAUGACUAACACCACUGUCAUAGUGACGACUACACAGAUCUUGUCAUUUGUUUCAGUUGAUUCAGGUGGUGGCAUUUGGAGGCUGUGGUACAAUAACAAAACUCUUUAAAAGGACAUUAUAAUAGCCUCAUUUGGCCAACUGGAAAUGGGAAAUGAUCAAGUUACUGAAAACUGAAAAAAAAGUUGGUUUUAAAAUUAACAGACAUUUUCAAAGGUCUGACAACUAACCUGUUUUCUAUCUUACACUUACAAAUGUUGGACUGGUAUCACUAGCAUAUUAAAGUACGGAAUUAUAAGUAAAAUGAACGGAAAACGUAAAUUCUUCAAACUUGAAGAGAAAAUAUGUCUAUGAGCAAGUAUGUGACCCACGGUGAACGUUCAAACUUGCAUGCGUCAGUCAAAGACUUUAUCAUGUUCAAACAUUACUAAAGAUUUCAUGAAAACUUCUCAAAUACAGCCUUAUCGACACAUUGUAGACCAGAGGAAUACAUUCAGUGUUCAAUUCCCAACCAUGUCAGUGUUGAAAUGAAUAAACACAACGGAGAGCUUCAAGUUAACAUUUUCUGAAAGAUUUCUUAAAUUAUGCAUAUAACAUGGUCUCCUACCAUGUCAUGACCUUUGGAGGUGACUGUGAAAACAUUGCGGAUGAGGUACCAGGAAUAAUAAAAAUAUUU